CAUACCUUGGGUCGCGUCUGUUACAACAGCCGGGAGUAGCCGACGUUAACGAGAGUGAACUUUCGUAAUCGUUUUCUCCAUGGAUUUCUAUGCGUGAUUCUUGGAAGAACCUCCUUUCGUCUCGUCAGAACGGAACUGCAUUUACUGCCCCAUCUUCUCUGGAUCAUUUGAUUCCGAUGACCAUUCAUUUUAUUCUUUAAUCUGUGAAAAAUUGAUGUUACAUAGCGUGGAAAUUUAUAAAAUUGAUGGAUGUUACUGAAAUCACUGAAAUCGACAUAGUAGUUUGCUGGAAGGGCGGUUGCCAUUAACAUGGAAACUGAGUGUGUGAUCAAACCUCGACAUACCUUGUUUAGCGCUCGAUAUUCCUUUCAAGAAAUUUUUCAGUGCCCUCAAUUUAUGAUUGUCAGCACGUUCAUCAACAGUGUGAAUCCGCGUGGCGUGUGUGACUGUGAUAAUUGAAAAGUGAUGGAGAAAAAUAUGCGAACAUCUCCUUGACCAACGCGUUUGCGAAGUUCUUCCGUGCCAACGAGUCCAUGCCAAUUAAACCGCGGUGAUGGCAGGGAUCGACGAGUUCAUCCCCCUAUUGAACACCGCCGACACAAAGAAAAAGCUUGCUGUUGGCGCAAGUAUCAUCACCUUCCUCGAAGAUCCAGACAAUUCGAUUGUCUGUGAAGAUAUCGGUCGCUUUGUUGAUCUCAUCACAGGAUGGAUCAACAGCAGCCACUACAAGAUUUGCCAGAAUGGCAUCGACAUCCUGUGUUUGAUUUUAGACAGGAUGAAGGAAGCUUUUCGACCGUACUUGUCGAAAUCUCUGCCAGCAGCUGUGGAUCGCUUAGGUGAUCAACGAGAUGUGGUGCGAAAUAGUGCGCACAUUUUCAUCAUGCGCUUGUUGGAGACAGACGUGUUGACACCGCAGUUGUUGUUCGAGCGAUUAGCACCGAGUUUUGCGCACAAAAGCAACAAGGUGCGGGAAGAACUGAUGGUGUGCCUUCAGAAUGUGCUCAAUGAAUAUGGCGCAAACGCCUUGUCCCUGUCUCGUCUGAUGCCGAAUCUCGUCAAAUUACUGUCAGACCCGCAGGCAACUGUGCGGGAGGUUGCAGUGACGACUAUGGUUGAGAUCUAUCGUCACGUGGGUGAGAAAAUGCGGGCAGACUUGAUGAAGAAAUACAACCUACCCGCUGCCAAGAUGCAAGUGUUGAGUGCCAAAUUCGACGAAGUGCGUGACUCGGGAACGAUGUUGGCGCUGGCGACGAACGUUUUCACUCGACCAAUGGAAUGA